CGACAAGCGAGCGGGCCGCACGUGUGUUUAUUUUUGACAGCUAUCUCCUGGCCUUCUUUCCUCCAAGUAAAGUGCAGAUCUCUUGGCAACAAUGGACGCUACAAGUUCUGCACCACCACCAAGGAGAUGGAUUGGACGAGGUAGAGGCGUCUUGGGUCUUCAACUGGCCAAGGAAAAAAGACCAGGACAUCAACAACAGGAGCAAGAACGAUUCUCUACGCCUUCCUCCAACCAGAAUGACAGAUUGACAGAAAAUUCCAAACAGCAGUCCACAGGUUCUGAGAGACGACAGCCUCAACAGAAUGCCAGUAAUACUAAUAGCAACAUGAGGACUGAAAACGAAAACAGCCUAGGUAGAACUCAAGUUCAAAACGGUGCCAGUAAGCAUGGUGAUGCUGCAACCUCAAAGACAAAAGCAAAGACGUUGCUCGCUAAGUACAGCUACAAAGUAAACCCUGCCAGUCCACUGGGUGCCCCUGAGCUAGGGGUCAAACAAGGUCAGAAGCUCACCCUAGUAGAGAAACAUCCAACAAAUGAACAUUGGUGGAAGGUCCAGGAUGAAGCUGGGGGUAUUGGAUUCGUUCCAGCCUCGUAUAUGUUGAUUCAAGAGAUAAAGAUUAGCUCCUUGCCCUGGUUGGAAAAACCUAAACAAGAAGAGCCUGUAGUCAGCGAAAAGCCUGUAUUCAAACCGUACGUCUCGGCAUACAACAAACCAACGGAUAAGAGCACCGCUGAAAAACAGUACUACUGCGCCAUUUGCCAAAAACAGUUGAACGGUCCCAAACCUUACGGUGCUCAUAUGACCAGCAAGGCUCAUAAGGAGGAGGUUGAGAUUGCUAAAGAUUAUGAGCAGAUGUCUUGAGAGGAUGUGGGGAGGGAUGAAGGAUGAGUAAGGUACAUGUAUACGAUGAGAUGGCUUCGAUUUCAUUCUUGGAUUGCCAACAAAAAUAUGUUUUGCUAUCAAGCUAAGUGAAUCGUUUGUUGGAAAUGUAUCAGUAUGGAGAAAUGAGCCAAAACAAACCAGCACGGGUGAAAUUUUGAAAAAUGUUUUUUUGUUGUAUAUUUAAAAUCGUAAAAUAUUAUUAUAUUGACCCCUUGCACACACGUCACACGCGACUGUGCCAUGCUCACCAUUAUGGUGGUCAAUAGGUUUACAAGUAAACGCCACAUCGCCUUAAAUGCACACUUCACUGAAUUACGCACAGUGGCAUUGCCCACCAAUAUGGCGCAUCCAAGAUUAUUCUGAUGAUGACAGCAGAUGAAUUGGGUCAAUUGGCAACUUCCUUCCUUAUAAAUAAAAGCAAAAAGGGGAUAAAAUAGCAUUGAAAGAAACUGGCUGGUUUUCUAAAUUGACAUUUACAAAACAAGCAUCGCAUAGCCUGUGUUUGUGCGGCUAUUUUGUAAGUUGACAAAACAGCAUCGCAUAGCGUUCAAUAAACACAAACUCCAACGUGUACUUCAUAUUCA